ACGGCCUGGUUGGGUUGCCUUGUACACAUGUGGGUCCAAUGUUGACUUGCUGUCUGUAGAAAGCUAACUAUAGUAAUAUUUAUAACAUUAGCCUAAACUCUGCUUCUGGCGUUACACCAUGUCUUCGUCUUUCUUUAUAAAGAAAAAAGAAAAGCCAAAUUUAAUUAAAAAGGGUAAUAACACAGUGGGACCAAAACGAAAGGCUGAUGCGAACUCGGGUGGAAAGAGUAAAAUACCAGCGAAGAAGCCUUCAAAAUACAACGAAGAGAUUUCCAGUGACUCUGAGACAGAGAGUCCUGUAGUCCCCAAAAAGAGACAGUCAAAUGAAGAAAAUGAGUAUGAGGAAACACCACAGGAGAAGAAGCUAAGAUUAGCCAAACUUUACCUCGAGCAGCUGAAGGAAGAAGAGGAAAAGAAAGCAGAAGACGACUCCUUUGAGACUGAUCUGAUUGCUGGGAGACUUCAAGAAGAAGUGCUUGAACAAAAAGGAAAGCUUCAGCGACUUAUUGCCAAAGACCUCGUGCCUCCAGAUGCUUCAGAGAUCAGACUGUUAAGAGGACACAAACUCCCAAUCACUUGUCUGGUCAUCUCCUCUGAUGACAAGUACAUCUUUUCUGCUGCUAAAGACUGCUCCAUCAUCAAAUGGGAUUUUGAGAGUGGAAAGAAACUGCGCACAAUACCUGGCGGGAGGAAAGGCACAGAAGAUCGACAUGUUGGACAUACAGCACAUAUUUUGUGUAUGACCAUUUCAUCCGAUGGAAAAUACUUGGCAACUGGAGACAUGAACAAACUCAUCAUGAUCUGGGAGGCAGAAACAUGCAAACAUCUCUAUAAAUUCACAGGACACAAAGGCCCUGUGUCGGGUCUUUCAUUCAGGAGGGGAACUCAUGAUCUGUACAGCGCCUCUCAUGAUCGCUCAGUAAAGGUGUGGAACGUGGACGAGAAUGCUUAUGUGGAAACUCUAUUUGGGCAUCAGGAUGCCAUCACAGGACUGGACAGCCUGAGCCGGGAGCGCUGUGUGACUGCAGGUGGAAGGGACCGUUCGGUGAGGGUGUGGAAGAUAGCUGAGGAAUCUCAGUUGGUGUUUCACGGACAUGAAGGUUCUAUUGACUGUAUCCAGCUUAUCAACGAAGAGCACAUGAUAACAGGAGCUGAUGACGGCUCUGUGUGUCUGUGGAGUGUCAACAAGAAGAAGCCUCUCAGCACAGUGAAGCAGGCUCAUGGUUGCCAUGGUGACACAGGGCUCGAACAGCCUCACUGGGUCGCCUCAGUAGCGGCGCUUCAGAACUCCGAUACCGUAGCCUCAGGUGCCUCCGGCUGUUCACAUAACUCCCAGCUGCAGCUGUGGAAGUGUGGUCAGAAUUACCGUGGGCUGGAGCCUCUUUUCAGCGUACCGAUGUGCGGCUUCAUCAACAGUCUCAAGUUUUCCAGCUCUGGUCAGUUCUUGGUGGCAGGAGUUGGACAGGAGCACAGGUUGGGUCGCUGGUGGAGAAUAAAAGAGGCCAAGAACGGGAUAUAUAUUAUUCCUCUGAAAAGAAAACCACCUAAUCCAGAGGAAGCAAAGACAGAUGAAUAGUGGACUGUUAAGUGUCUUUUAUUUUGUAAAUUAAAGGUUUAAAAUGGCAGUAUAUCAUGUUUUUGUUCAUCCUUCUUUGUAAGAAAAUAUUCUUCAUGUGUCAAAUAAAAAAAGUCAGUGGCAUUUGACAAAGGA